GUCAACAGCCAACCUCGAUCAUACAACACACUUAUACCAGAUGCUCCGUCUGGCAGUGUAUUCUAGCAAGCCAUGUUCGUGACACCGUCUCUCUACUAUGUUUUCGUCACAACUUCAUUUGUUUUAUUAACACACGUCCAUUCGGAAUCGUUUAAUGAUACCGAAUCUUGCGUCCGUCUAUAUGAAGAAGGCGUCGAAGCGUACUUAGAAAAUAGAUUUGUAGAGUGUGUAGACAAUUUUGAAAAAGCGCUUCAUAAGUACCGAUCAUACAAGAAGAAAUUACAAAACUGCAGAUUAAAGUGUAAAUAUGACGCCGAAUUAUCCGAACCACUAUAUCCCGUUGACAUCGAAAACCUUUUAUUUUACGAAAGGGCAGUGAAGCAGACCCUGUGCAUCAUGCAGUGUAAAAAAGACAACCCUGAGCUUUUUGGAAACUUCAACGUUAAUCCAGAAACAGAGAAGUUGUUUGAAGAGCAGAAACCUUAUGAAUACCUACACAUCUGCUACUUUAAGACUGAUAAUCCAAUGAAGGCAGCGUCGUCAGCGUUUACAUACUUGGUGUCACAUCCUGAGGAUAAAAUGAUGCAGAGUAAUCUGAAACAUUAUUACUCUAUGGAAGAAGUAAAUAUGAAGGAAAUUGAGAAUUUUGAGGCCGAAACUUAUGUAUAUUUAUACGUGCAUGGAAAUGACGCUUAUCAAAGAAAGGAUUGGAAAUCUGUAGAAGACAAUAUGGAAGAAAGUUUAGGAGCGUAUCUGCAAGCAGAAGAAGAGUGCAGGGCACAGUGUGAAGGGCCUUUUGACCAAGGGUGGUACCCAGACUUCAUACCCUCAAUAUCUAAUCAUUUCGCUUAUUGUUUGAAAUGUAAGCAAAAAUGUAAAACACGUCUUGGAUCUCUGAAUGGGGAACAGCAUGAUGAUUUACUGCCUAGCCACUAUCACUACCUUCAAUAUGCAUAUUUUAAAAUGGGAAAUUUGAGAAAAGCUUGUGCAGCUGUGGCUAGUUAUCUACUCUUUUUUCCUGAUGAUGAGACUAUGUUAAGCAACAUGAAGUUUUACUCUGGAUUGCCAAAAGUGCAAGAUCAUUUUUUCCAACCGAGGGAGGAAGCUAUUCGUUAUAUGCAAAGGCAAAUAUACGAAACCAGAAUUUUGAAAUUCAUAAAUAGUGAGUUCAAGAACAAGAUGGCCGAGUCGCACGAGGUUUUUAAACCAAACUUUCGGGUAACAAUGACCGAAAAACAGCUUCGCGGACAAAAAAGAUUUGUCUCUGAUGGUUUAGCAACCGAAAAAGAGUGCAGAUUUUUGAUACGCUUAGCGAAAAUGUUCGCAAAACCUGGAGAUGGAUAUGACGGUCAAAAAUCACCACACACCGUCAUGGAGAAAUUUGAAGGAAUAACUUUAACCAGAGUUCUAUUCCUCGUAUACUUUCGACUCCUUAAAUCGGACCACCUCGAUUUGUACCUGAGACUAACAGAGGACGUAAAAAAAAUGGUUACGGAUUAUUUCAAAUUAAAGGAAAAGUUAUAUUUUUCUUAUACUCAGAUUGUUUGCAGAUCUGCAUUUCCAGAUUCUCCUACAAACCGAACGGACUUCAGCCACGAGAUUCACGCUGACAACUGCAAUCUUUUGAAAGAUGGAAAAUGUGAAAAAAUACCACCAGCUUAUACUUGGCGAGACUACAGUGCCAUUUUGUACCUUAACAGCGAAUUUGAAGGGGGAGAAUUUAUAUUUUCAUCUGAUCAAAAAGGCGCUCAACUUCAGAGUGUUAUUAAACCAAAAUGUGGCAGAACUGUGGCAUUCUCGUCAGGAAGCGAAAAUUUACAUGGGGUAAAAGCAGUGAAAAAAGGUUCGAGAUGCGCUAUUGGAAUUUGGUUUACCCACAAUGAGAAACAUGCUGAUGAAGAUAGGUGGAUAGCUUACGACAUGCUUGAGAAUAAUAUAAAUUUUGACUUAUUUUCAUCUGUAAAUAUUAGUAACCUAAUUCCAAGAAAAACUUAAUAUAAUAGCAGCUAUUUGGUAAUGAGAUACGGGAUGUUUAAAAACUGCUAACAAAUAAUUUGUACCUGCACGGGUUUUAAAAAAGAAUCGGUGAAAAUAUUUCCAGACAAUUUUUUAAUGUGUUCAAAUCGUAAUUAAAAAUAAAGUAGGUAAUAAUAGAGCUAGGAGUGUGGCAGCUUUUACAAGACAUAUUUCCAUUAUUUUAAUUACAUUAUAUUUGUGCUGUGCUUUAUUUAAUUU